AUGAUAGGUGGGGACAGUGACCUCAGCGCUGGGACGUCCACUGAAGAACAGAACGCAGAGGAAAGGCUUGUCUUUGAGACUGUAUUCAAUCACUACAGAAAACACAAGGUGGAGAUUUCAAAUGCAAUAAAUAAGACAUUUCCUCUCCUUGAAGGCCUUCGAGACCAUGGCUUUAUUACCAAUAAAUUGUUUGAAGAUUCUGAAGAGGCUUGUAGAAACCUGGUUCCUGUACAAAGAGUAAUGUACAAUGUUCUCAGUAAGAUGGAGAAGUCAUUUAGCCAGUCACUUCUGAAAACAUUGUUUAGUGAAGUCAACAUGAAGGAAUACCCUGACUUAAUCCACGUUUGUAGCAGCUUCAAUAAAGUGAUCCAUAACCUUCAAAUAGAGGAAGGAAAGGAGACCAAGUGGAUGGCCAGCAUUCGAUCUAUCCAAGAACAAGGAAGAAAGAGAGGCAGACCUAGGAAACAUGUAACUCAGAGAAAUAAAGCCCCACUGAAAAGGGGUCGACUAAGAGGAACCUCGGAGAAGUGUAUACAGUGUGAAGAUGAAACCUGGCUCACCCUUGGGGAAUUUGAAAUCAAAGGUGGCUAUGCGAAAUCAAAGAACUGGAAGCUGAGUGUGCGCUGUGGCGGACAGUGCCUACAGAGGCUGGUGAAGGAAGGAUUUCUACCUAAUCCUCCAAGAACCUAUAACAGGAGAAAAAAGCCAGAAAACUCAGAUGAUUGUGAGGUGUGCCGGCAAAGGGGACAGCUGUUCUGCUGUGACACUUGUUCAAGAUCCUUUCAUGAGAAUUGUCACAUUCCACCUGUGGAAGCUGAGAGGACCCCAUGGAGCUGCAUCUUCUGCAUGAUGAAAGAUUUUUCAGGAAGUCAACAGUGUCAACAGGAAUCUGAGGUCCUGAAGAGGCAGAUGCUACCUGAAGAACAGUUGAAAUGCGAGUUCCUCCUCUUGAAGGUCUUUUGCUGCUCAGAGAACUCCUUUUUUGCCAACAUUCCAUAUUAUUAUGAUAGAGAGAGUUCUCAGGUCCUGAAAGAACCCAUGUGGUUGAACAAAAUCAAGAAGAAGCUGAAUGAAAAGGGUUACCACCAAGUGGAGGGGUUCGUGCAGGACAUGCGCCUCAUCUUUCAGAACCACAGGACCUUCAGAACCUUCGAGAAGCUUGGCCAAAUGGGACUUAGACUGGAGACUGAAUUUGAGAAUAAUUUCAAGGAAAUAUUUGCUAUUCAGGAAACAAAUGAGAACAGUUCGUUCAUGUAA